AGCACCUUGAUGUAACCCACCUAUUUUUACAAUAUUGCACAGCAUUGAGCAAAACAAACGAACAAAAAACAAACCGGUGAAAUUAUGUUAUUUCGAAAUUUCAUAUCCUUUAAUAGAGUCUUUUUGAAACCAAUAUUCCGAUCGCCUGUUAGAACCUUUGCCACCCUUGGCAGGAUGAAAUACUUGAACCAGCGAGAAGCUAUCAGCGUCGAUGAGGAACUUUUCAACGAAUACAAAUUUAGCGUUGACCAGCUGAUGGAGCUGGCUGGCCUCAGCUGUGCUCACGCAAUCGUCCAUUGUUACGGUACCAGGGGCAUCAAGAACAAGAUACUGGUUUGCUGUGGUCCCGGCAAUAACGGUGGCGACGGGCUUGUAGCUGCUCGCCAUUUGGUGCUGAUGAACUACCAACCACUUGUGUACUAUCCAAAACGAACGGACAGGGAAUUGUAUGCUAACCUACAACAUCAGUGCGAAUCGAUGGGAAUCGAAGUGAUCGAUCAGUGCCCUUCGCGUGAACUGAUCGAUAAGGAGUACGGUCUAGUGGUAGAUGCACUUUUUGGGUUUAGCUUCAAGCCUCCGGUGAGGGAAUCGUUUACUCCCAUCAUGGAUGUCCUAAGGCAGACUAAAGUCCCGAUUGUUAGCAUUGAUAUCCCGAGCGGUUGGCACGUGGAAGAUGGUCCUCAAGGCGAAAAUGCAAUUAGGCCCGAUUGUCUGAUUUCACUGACCGCCCCUAAGAUGUGCGCGAGGCAUCUCACUAACUCAAAACACUAUCUUGGUGGGCGUUUUGUGCCUCCGAAACUACAAGAAAAAUACUCAAUGGAACUUCCAGCAUAUGUUGGAAACAACCUAUUUGUUGAGUUGACUAAGUGAAUGGAAUCAUUAAGUGUUAUCAUUUCGGAUCAAGAAAUAUACCUAUUUUUAACAUUUGAAACACACAA